AUGACAGAAAGUGUUCGUCAGCGAAAACGCCUUGAUGAAUCUAAUAUUCAAUCGUCGAAAGAUGAUAUUAAUCAGAAUAUUAGAUUAGAUCACGAUGAUCAUCGUGUUCGUAGUCAAUCUUCAAUACCAUUAUCACAAAUAUGUUUGGGUUUAAUAGCAAUUGGUAUGAUAGUUUUGUUAGGUUUCAUACAAUUUGGAUUACCACACGAAGAUCGUAUAACGAAACAUUUACCAGCUUCAUUGCCAACAAUGGAUGGAGGACCUCUACUUGUUAAUGAUUUUCUUGCUCAUAGUGAACGAAUUUAUGUUGGUGAAGGACCAGAAUCAAUUGAACCAUUAAAUGGAUUACUUUAUACUGGUCUAAAAAAUGGCUCAAUCAUUGAAUUUGAUCCAGUUACAAAAACAAGUCGUAUUCUAUAUUCAUCGCUCAGUAUUGAUGAUCAUUUACUUAGCUGUGGAAAAGAUAAUCUCGAACAUGUAUGUGGUCGUCCAUUAGGAAUUCGUCGAUUUUCUGAUAAUGAACUUAUUAUUGUUCAAGCUUACCAUGGCUUAUUCAAAUUAAAUGUGAAAACAAAAAAACUUACUCAACUUAUAAGUGCUGAUGACAAACGAUUUGGUUCACGUCCAUUACGAUUUGUAAACGAUGUUGAUGUACUCGAUGGACGUUAUCUUUUUUUUACCGAUUCUGAUUGGCUUUAUCCACGAAAAAAUUUUAUGUCUAGUCUACUUCGUGCUGAUGCUCGUGGAAGAUUGAUUCGCUUUGAUAUUGAAACUGGUAAAGUACGGAUUCUUGAUGAUCAACUUACAUUUCCUAAUGGUGUACAACUUUCUGCUGAUAAACAAUCAGUAUUAGUUUGUGAAACGACAUUAGCACGAGUUAUUCGACAUUGGAUUGGUGGUAAUACUACACAGGUUGGCAAGAGUGAAAUAUUCAUUGAUAAUUUACCUGGUUUUCCUGAUAAUAUUCGAUUAACCAGUAGUCAAAACUAUUGGGUUGCAUUUGCUAGUAUUCGACAUGUUGAUCGACCAAGCGUCUUGGAUCAUUUACGUAAUUGGCCUAGAAUACGAGCGAUACUAUCGCUCAUUCCUGGUCCAUUGAAACAAAUACAAAAACGUUUACCUCAAUAUGGUCUCGUCCUUGAACUUGAUAAGAAUGCUGGUCAUAUUGUUCGUUCAUUACAUGAUGCCGAAGGGUUAGUUGUGUCAUCAGCUUCACAAGUGACUGAAUACAAUGAUCAUCUUUAUUUUGGAUCAUAUCAUGCAGAUUAUAUUGCAAUCUUCAAACUCUAG